AAUCGAUGCGUGAACAUGAUCGCGCACCUCUUCAACGCCCCUCUCGGCGAGUCGGAGGCCGCGGUGGGCGUCGGCACCGUCGGGUCCUCCGAGGCCAUAAUGCUCGCGGGCUUGGCCUUCAAGAGGAAGUGGCAGAACAAGCGCAAGGCCGAGGGCAAGCCUUUCGACAAGCCCAACAUCGUCACCGGAGCAAAUGUCCAAGUUUGUUGGGAGAAAUUCGCGCGGUACUUCGAAGUCGAACUGAAGGAGGUGAAACUGAGGGAUGGGUACUAUGUCAUGGAUCCCGAGAAGGCCGUCGAGUUGGUCGACGAGAACACCAUUUGCGUCGCAGCCAUCCUCGGUUCGACUCUCAACGGCGAGUUUGAGGAUGUGAAGAAGCUAAACGAACUCCUCACCAAGAAGAACCAAGAGACAGGGUGGGACACGCCGAUCCACGUCGAUGCGGCGAGCGGGGGGUUCAUCGCGCCGUUCUUGUACCCGGAGCUGGAGUGGGACUUCCGGCUGCCGCUGGUGAAGAGCAUCAACGUGAGCGGGCACAAGUACGGCCUCGUCUACGCCGGCAUCGGGUGGUGCAUCUGGCGGAACAAGGAGGACCUGCCGGACGAGCUCAUCUUCCACAUCAACUACCUUGGCGCCGACCAGCCCACAUUCACCCUCAACUUCUCCAAAGGUUCAAGCCAAGUGAUUGCGCAAUAUUACCAGCUAAUUCGCUUGGGCUAUGAG